GAACACCGGAAGUUGGCCUCCGCUCAGCCCCUAGCUGCGGAAGGUCGGGGCUACUGUCGUUCCCCGGGGGAUGUGGAGGGCUGGCAGCAUGUCGGCGGAGCUGGGUAUCGGGUUCGCCCUGCGGACAGUGAACGAGCGCGUGCAGCAGGCUGUGGCGCGGCGGCCACAGGAUCUCCCAGCCAUCCAGCCCCGGCUUGUAGCGGUCAGCAAGACCAAACCUGCAGAGCUGGUGAUCGAGGCCUACAGUCACGGCCAGCGCACUUUUGGAGAAAACUAUGUUCAAGAACUACUAGAGAAAGCAUCAAAUCCUAAAGUUCUGUCUUCAUGUCCUGAGAUCAAAUGGCACUUCAUUGGCCACCUUCAGAAACAAAACGUCAACAAAUUGAUGGCUGUCCCCAACCUCUUCAUGCUGGAGACAGUGGAUUCUGUGAAGCUGGCAGACAGAGUCAACAACUCGUGGCAGAAAAAAGGUUCUCCUGAAAAGUUAAAGGUUAUGGUCCAGAUUAACACCAGUGGCGAGGAGAGUAAACAUGGCCUUCCCCCCUCAGAGAUGAUAGCCCUGGUGGAACACCUGACUGCCAAGUGCCCCAGCCUGGAGUUCGUGGGGCUGAUGACCAUAGGAAGCUUCAGCCACGAUCUCAGUCAAGGACCAAAUCCAGACUUCCAGAUGCUGCGGUCCCUGCGUGCAGAGCUGUGUGAAAAGCUGCGCAUUCCCACCGAGCAGGUGGAACUGAGCAUGGGCAUGUCCGGGGACUUCCAGCACGCGAUUGAGCUUGGAUCCACAAACGUCCGAGUAGGGACCACUAUUUUUGGAGAGCGGGACUACUCCAAGAAACCCUUGAGGGAGGAGACCACAGCAGAGCCAGAGGCCCCCGCAGAGGCAACGCAGGGGCACUGAGCUGAGGCGAUCGCUGUGCACAAGUGAAGUGUUCAUCAUGAUGGCCCACCUGUGCCCUGCUGGGACCUGGACAGCCGUGAACAGUCACAGGUGUCAGCUGGAGCCAUGACAUAGGAAGCCUGCUGCAGACAGUGGCUUUGCAUCAAGUUUGAGAAUCCAGACUCUUCUGCAGAAACAGAUGUCAAAUCAGUAGCCAGGAAUCGUGUCCUGUAAUUGAAUUCGGCACAGGAACACUGCUCGAGUCCCGAAUACCUUCCCCAGGUUGGAGUACGGGCUGCUGUGCCCAUCAUCUUCCCUGCUGCUCAUCCCCGCCUGUGGGAGAUUCCCCACGAUGGUCGCCUUUGCCACCCUGAAGCAAGGUGAUUUCCAUCCCCAGCACACAGGGGAAGUUCCCUGCUGCCGAGGGGCCAUCAGUAACCUCCAGCCAGGACUCAAAUGACAGCUCUACACACAGACUGUUACUGGCAACAGUUUUGUCACCACUGUGACUCUGAAAUUUUAGGGUAACUGUAAAUAGGACUUAGGCCUUCCUGACACCCUCCCUAAGAGAAGAGGCUUAGAACUCUUCCCUGGGGUCCCACUGUGAUGGGACUGGAAUGGUGUGAUGCCUCCCUCCUCUGGAAGCCCCCUUUCUGGUGACUUAGCAAAAGCCUAUAAAAUCGCGUCCCUCCUCAGCAACCAGACACCUGAGGAGCACUUUGCAGAUAGGCACAACCUCUGUGCAAUCGGCCAGUUCCAUGGUUGUUCUUGAUUACUGAUUAAUACAAUAGCAAGAGCUUCAAAAAUCAGGAAGCACAACACUCCCAAGUUGACAGCUUCCAUGCAAGCUGCUGUUUUCCAGAUAGCUUUUCCUCUUAUUCAAGCCGAAGUCUUUAAUUUUAUGAAACAACCGUGAGAACCUGACACUACUGCUGAAUGUAAUUUUGUAAAAACACCGUUAUGAUUCCUGUUUCAGAGCUGUGGUGUGAUAUUUCAGAGUCUAUUAAAUAAAAUGUGAGUGUGAAUUAUACCAAUCUGUGCCAACUAGAGAGCAAUUAAAAGAUUUAUUUUCUAUGACCUGGUGUAGUGAGUGAACACAGGGCAGCAUCAGAACCAGCAGCAGGUGACCAAGCCCCAGCGCCUGGUGUCCUCCAGUCCAGCUUGGAGCAGGGCUUCCCUUGGGCCGCAUGGCCAAAGCCAUACUCUGGAUGGAAAAGGAUUCGAAACUUCUAAGGUGUUAUGGUUGAUGCAGUGUCAACUUGAGAAGUUUAGAAAUUUAACAAAGAGACUCAUCACAGCAAGGAGCCAGGAUCCUUACUUUGUAAAUAUUCUGUGCACUUAGAAUUUGGGAGUGCUAUACUUGCCCUGGUGGGUCUUGGGGGCCCUUGUGUACAACAUAAGGGAGGAAGAGAGCCCUGUUCCCCCAGCUUUUGCUCUGGCUGCUGUUUCUGGCUGCUGCCUUGAAGAGUUGCCCCUGUGCCAUGCCACUCUGCCUUGCAGCCAGCUAAUAAUGGACUGAAGCUUCCACAGACUGUGAGCUAAAUAAACUGUUUCCUCCGUAA